CCUUCACUUGGUCCGAGGCGUCCGUGCGGGGGCACCUUCAUACACUUUCCACGGUGCAGCAGGCAUCGGCUUUUAAAAUCAAACAGUACAUUAACUUGUCAACCUACUUCCAUCAUGUCGCUUCUGUCAAUCAGCAGGUUAGCGCCAAGGCUUCUUAAUUCAACGAAUGCAUCUGUUCUUGUUGCAGCUAGACAUGCCAGUGCAUCAUCAACAAACCUUAAAGAUGUACUUGUAGACCUUGUUCCCAAAGAGCAGUCGCGGAUCAAGAACUUCAAGCAACAGUAUGGCAAGACUAACCUCGGCCAGAUCACUGUUGAUAUGAUGUAUGGAGGGAUGCGAGGCAUGAAGGGCUUGGUCUACGAGACCUCCGUGCUGGACCCGGAUGAGGGUAUCCGUUUCCGUGGUUACAGCAUCCCUGAGUGCCAGGAGCUGCUGCCCAAAGCGGCCGGUGGGGAGGAGCCUCUGCCUGAGGGACUCUUCUGGCUGCUCGUCACCGGACAGGUGCCCACUCAGGAGCAGGUGGCCUGGCUGUCUAAGGAGUGGGCCAAGCGUGCCGCCCUGCCCUCCCACGUGGUGACCAUGCUGGACAACUUCCCCACCAACCUGCACCCCAUGUCCCAGUUCAGCGCCGCCAUCACCGCCCUCAACAGCGAGAGCAGCUUCGCCCGCGCCUAUUCCGAGGGCGUCAACAAGGCCAAGUACUGGGAGUUUGUGUAUGAGGACUCGAUGGACCUGAUUGCCAAGCUGCCGUGUGUGGCUGCUAAGAUCUACCGUAACCUGUACCGUGAGGGCAGCAGCAUCGGGGCCAUAGACUCCGACCUGGACUGGUCACACAACUUCACCAACAUGCUGGGAUACACCGACGCCCAGUUCGUUGAGCUCAUGCGCCUCUACCUCACCAUCCACAGUGACCACGAGGGUGGCAACGUGAGUGCCCACACCAGUCACUUGGUGGGCAGUGCCCUCUCUGACCCCUACCUGUCCUUCAGUGCCGCCAUGAACGGCCUCGCCGGACCUCUGCACGGUCUGGCCAAUCAGGAGGUGCUGGUGUGGCUGACGGCGCUGCAGAAGGAGAUGGGAGGAGAGGUGUCUGACGAGAAGAUGAGGGACUACAUCUGGAACACACUCAAGUCUGGAAGGGUGGUGCCAGGUUAUGGGCACGCCGUGCUGAGGAAGACAGACCCGCGCUACACGUGCCAGCGCGAGUUUGCCCUGAAGCACCUGCCCAACGACCCCAUGUUCAAGCUGGUGGCACAGCUCUACAAGAUCGUGCCCAACGUGCUGCUGGAGCAGGGCAAGGCCAAGAACCCCUGGCCCAACGUGGACGCACACAGCGGAGUACUCCUGCAGUAUUACGGCAUGACGGAGAUGAACUACUACACGGUGCUGUUCGGCGUGUCGCGGGCGCUGGGCGUGCUGGCGCAGCUCAUCUGGAGCCGGGCGCUGGGCUUCCCCCUGGAGCGCCCCAAAUCCAUGAGCACCGACGGACUCAUGAAGCUGGUGAAGGCCAGCUCUGGAUGAAACUCAUCCGGACUCUAAACAUCUCUAAGGGAUAUAUAUAUAUAUACACAUACAUACGGGGGUUUGGCCUUGGCCAGUAUUUGGAGGAGGAGGACAUGAGGGGGGGAACAAAUACAUACAAAAAUAUAUACUGGGAAAAAAAACAAGAAAACGUACCAAAAACACCAUGCACCCUUUGAAAGGGAUUCUGAGAGACACUCUUGUUUCAUCUGAAGAAGGGAUCAGCUACCUUAGUGAGUGCCUGCCCCCCCCCACCCUGCAUUCGACCUCUGACCUCACUGCAGAUAUUUAUCACAGCUCGGGGCAAGGGCAGGUCUUGUCCACUGUAUUCUCGUGAUGUUUCACAUCGUCGUCUCUCACUUGACUCCCCCACCUAACCUCCGAAUGCUGGCGGUGUCCUUUGCUGAACCAUAGUACCUUUUCUCUCCAGGUCUUGUUUAUUUUGUUUCUGAAGCAGCUGGUGUGGUAUGUAUGAUUUUCUUGAACAAAAAAAGUAAAAACGGUGGCACAGUUGGCAGCACAGGUCAUAGCGCACAAUAAGAGUGUUUGAGGUGUCUGAUGGCAUAACGUAAUCUGUCCGUGUGUUUUUGCCGUUGAGUUACUGAAUUUCAAUGAAGCAUUUUUUCAGUUGCAACAUAUGUUGCAGCUGGGCUUAGUUGUAACAUGGAGGAAGGCUAGCUGCUAAGUAAUAUGAUUCAACCAUACAGAGUAGGAAUAUGAGUUUAAAUCUAAUUUAAAUAAUUAAAAAUUCAUCCUUAGCAUACCUAACAUACAAACAAGUUAUUUUUCCAUCCAAAAGUUAAAUGUGUUUGUGUACAUCGUCCGAAUAUUCCCUGAACACUCCAGCUCAGUGGAGUUUGAGGUCCGAUCUCAGGCCAUUACUGCAAUACAGUCCUCUCCUCAAGUCACCACUAGCACAUCAGCCUUCCCUCUCCACUAUCUCCCUCACUACCAACAACAUUCAUCCUUGGAUGGUCAAACCCUGGAACAUUAUAACGGUUGAUUCUUUUCCCCUUUUUUGAACCACUGAUUGUGCCCCUCUUCUCUAAGACCAGGACGGGGAUCCUCAUAUACACCAUGCGCUCGACCUCAGAGCAAGCCAGAGCUGAUGUCAGCAACGGAGAUUACUAGGAUACAUGAUCUUUUGUAUAUGUUUUUGUUAAAUUAUUAUUUAGUCUCUGUGUUACCCAACGAGAGCCCUUCAGAGACUUGCUAGAGCACUUGCCUUGGUUAAAUGGCUUCCACAAGCAUGGAUGUACAGCCAUAGUCUUUUCGCAAAGAAUUUACGAACAGCCAUGAUGAUGCACCGAAGAAGUAACGACAAAUCUUGGGCACAUGCAUCAUAUUAGUUGCUAAUGACAAUAGCAAGAUGGCGGAGGAAUAGGGCCUAAGCUUCACCCUGCAUGUUGUUUGGAUGAAUGGAAACCAUAUUUGUUGUGUGCACAGCUUGACUGUCAGUCCCCUGUACAGAAAUGAGUAACUGCCUUGCUUGAGCAACUACUCUGUUAAGAAAUGAUAGUCAUUGGUGCCUGGUAUUGUUUUAUAUAGUAAUUGGUGCACAUCAUACAGCUAUGGAUCCAGACCUCUUCUGCGUGACCAUUUUACUGUGUUGUUGGGCCACAGGUUACUGGUGGGCUGUAGGGUUUCCGCUCCUCAUCCACUGGUGGCUAUACUGUAUCCUCUGUACUCCAUGUUGAUGGUUCUGAUUGGCUCUGAGGCUCUUGGCUGGUGUAGAAGAGGUGUCCUGUUUCUCUUGCAGCACUCCAUAGCUACACCUUUGUCUGUCGUCAGCGCUCCCAAAUUAUUGUAUUUACGUAUAUUUAUUCCAUGUAUCUCAACUCGUACGUGGGUGUGUGUGUGUGGGAGAGUAAUGUAUGUUUGCGGGAGAGUGUGUGUGUGAUGAAUGUUUGCUAUGUAGUUUUAGAUGUAAAUGUUGUGAGUAAAUACGCAGAGCACGUGGCUGUGCUGGAGUGAAGUGACUGUUGUGACAGGUGGGGACACUAACUAUGAGGAGGGGGUAUAGCGACACACUCGGAACAGAGCAAAUGUAACUGACAUGGGGAAAUAAAGUGUUUUUAGUAACAACUCA